AUGGUCUGUAAACCUUCCAGAAGAUCCAGAUCUGCCUUCCUCUCGUCUGCCAAGCAUCAGCCCUGCCUGCUGCUCAGCGCCAAAAUCUGCAUGUUCUGCUCUUAUAUGGAUGUCGAUGAGCACGGAGGCUGGUGCUGGGGAGAGACAGCAGAGCUGUGCAGGUCUAAGGCAGAGCAAGAGGCCAGAGGAAAACAGAUAUUAAGGAAAGAGAGAAUAGCCAGGCGACUAGAAGGGAUUGAAAGUGAAGCACCACCUGCUUUGGUGCCAGGUGGUUUUGUAGCCAACAGAAUGUUGGAGGAAGAUCCACCACGGUACACCCGUGCUUCAGACCCCUGUGAGCCUCGUGGGAUGGUGAGGCGCUACAGUCGAGAAGAGGUCGAGCUGCCACGGAAGAAGGUGACAUCUCCAGACAGAACCACCCAGGCGAAAGGUGGCAGCGGACGCACAGAUCCGGUCGUGGUUUACGUUGAUCCAGUUACAUUAUCCACCUCCUCCACACCGACAUCAGGUCCAUCAUCCAACCUCAGUUCCAAGGCUGAACGCAUUGCCCGCUACAAAGCUGAGCGCCGUAGGCAGCUUUCAGAACGCUAUGGCAUCCUCCUUGAUCAAGAAGCGGACAAUGAGUACACCCCACGCUACCGCUCCCGGCGUGAAUCCGAUACCUCUGAGCGACAGGUCAGCGCCAGGAGAGACCGAGAGAGAACAGAAGUGGAGGCUCAUGGACAAGAACCGAAAGUACCUUACCGCUCUGGAGUGGGCAGGGUUUACAUGGCAACACAGCCAGAUCCUGUUCCUGCUGACCCACCAAGGUCCGCCCACACAAAUCGAGCUCCACCCCCAACUCAAGAAAGGCCUGGCAAAUCUUCAGAGCAGGAGAGAGCAAUGAAUGUAGAGAAUUAUCGCAGAGGGGGAGCUCAGGAGCGCUCAAUCACCUCUAGAGGCCGGAUGCCGGAACAGCAUGAGCCUCAGCCACCACAGAGGCAGCACGUCCACCACAGAGAUCAAAGCCCCGCCUCCACCAGAAACAAUGCAAUCGUAGCGGUGCCAAGCUCUCCCCGCACAGCCCGCCGUGCAUCUUUGCCCUCCACACGUUAUGGCGUUUCACCUGGAGAUUUAUUUAUAGAGCAGCAGGCUCAAAGCAUCCUCAAUAGACAGGGAAUCCGAGUAAGGGAACGGUAUUCAAGGGAAGACACUCCACGGAAGCCCCCUGAUCAAAGUCUAGAUAUGCAUCACCAAAACAGACAUCAUAGCCAUGGGAGCACUGCUACGUAUACAACACAGCAUUCAGAACACACCCAACAUAGGACUGCUCCACAACCCCAGCCCACCCUGGGCCACCAUCCCGCUCCUUUCACAACAACAACUGAAUAUCAGCCACCUGGCCCUGCUGUGGACUCUCAGCAAAGUGUGGCUAUGAACGUUCCCAUGCAAACAGUGACGUCAUCAGGAGUUCCAGAAGUUCAACCCAGAAGAAGGGUGAGCACUGACCAAAUGUAUGCUGCACAUAGGGAGGCAAGAAUGGAAGCAAGACAGAUCCUAAAAGAAGAAGCACAGACAGAGGGCCUGCUAAAGAGCAGGAAGGCAGUGUUACCCUCUGAAAUUCGCCGAAGGGAAAGGAGCGUAGAUGAAACUCACAGGGGCCGGCAUGUUGACACUGACUGGCAAAACACCAGCCCGGAGUGGAGGAGGAGAAGUCAUGUGGAGGAAGACUGGGAUUAUGAACGGCCAAGGGAGAGGGGUAGGGAAAGAAAAGCUCAGAGAAUCAGAGAAAGGGUAAAAGAAAAUAUUGCCAGUCAUGACAGCCAAGAGGAGGGAGUUUCCCGAUCUUUGCAACCCGCCUACAACUCUGCACGUUAUCAGGCAAGGCAGGAUAACACAGUGGAGUCCAUGCACCAUCAAGAGUCCCAAAGGAAUCGGUAUAAGCCCUCAGAGCAGAACCAGUAUGAAGUCAGAAAGGUUGAACAUAGAGCUCAAAUUCAGCAAGACCUUCAAAGACAGCAUCAGCAAAAUCUGUUCAGGCAAUCCCAGGAGAACCAGGGACAGUUUCAAGGACAAUAUGAGCUGCAAACAAAGGAGACCCCAAGGAAACAGGACGACUUUCAAACUCAACAAAAAUAUCCCGAAAAUAAGAAAGAGAUGGUGGCUCACCACGGGCUAACACAGCGUGAGAGGUUUGACUCUGCUGCCUACCUCCAAAGGGACCCUUCUUUGCCUCAGGCUAAACAAAGAAGCAUGGAAAUAAGUGGAGGGCCCAAACCCAAGAUACGAACCCGCUCCAUGUCCGAUAUAGGUGUAAGCCAACACUCCAAAUUGUAUCAUACUGAGAGAGGAGGGGACAGGAGAGAGGCCGUCAGAAUUGUCCCUCCACCUGGGAUGGCUAACGGGGAAGUAAGCACCCUGGACACAAGGGUGUCAGUAGCACAGCUGCGACAUUCUUAUCUGGAGAAUGCCAACCGGAAGCCAGAGCUAGAAACAAGUAAAGCAGACAUCACAGCCAAGGAUGUGGAGCAAGGUAGCAGCAACAUCUAUGGGGACAGGGGGACUCGAAGGCCUCGCCGUUAUAUUACUCCAGGAGAAAGUCGUACGUCGGAAAGGUUCAGGACUCAGCCUAUCACUUCAGCAGAGCGUUUGGAAUCCGACAGAUCACGUCUAAGCCCAUCGCAACUACAAGAGGCUGAAGGAGAUGAAGAAAAAGUGGACGAGAGAGCCAAGAUGAGUGUGGCUGCAAAACGGUCCCUCUUCAGGGAGUUAGAAAAAACAUCUGAGGGAGGUGUUCCCAAACCGCGCUCAAGGAAUGCUGCCAUAGAGCGACGCCUGCGAAGAGUUCAGGACCGCUCUCACACACAACCUGUGACCAGCAAAGAGGUGGUCAAUGCUUCCAGUGACCAACCACAGGGGGCGCAAACAAGUCCAAAUCAAGCCCGGAGCCCUAUGGUAGCCAGCAAUAGUCUAACUAGCAUCAGCAUUAAGGCCUCUUCUCAACCAAGCUCCUUGGCUCAAGAGCAGGGGACGGAAACACAGGAUAUCCAGAAACGGAGUCCGGCUGGCAGAGAGGAAAAUGGCGAACAGCCUUUGCCCGAGGAGCCGGACUUUUCAACCCUCAGCCUUUCUGAGAAAAUGGCUCUUUUUAACCGCCUCGCCCAACCCACAGACAAACCAGCAGAAGCAUCUCGUGGGGACACUCGCCAACGAAGAGCAAACACCCGCUUCCAAACCCAACCCAUCACCCUGGGAGAAGUAGCGCAGGAAACUGUAACCUCUGCGGUGUGUAACAGGGACUUAGACGCCCCUCAGGGAGAACACGUAAAAAGCGGAGGUGAAAUUAAACUGGAGCCGCUGUCAGCCUCCCUGGUUCGAUCUGUAGCAGCCGUCACUUCGCAGGCCUCCGUCACCAUGGUAACCAUGGCCCCACACAGCAGCGACAGGGAUGGUUUUCAUCCAGAGAAAUCGACUGCCAUCCCGUAUGCCCCUGCCCAACAACAGGCCCCCAGCAGCACUAACAUCCACCAGGAGAGGGCGGCAGGCUAUUUCUCACUGACCAAGAGGGGGAUCCAAGGCCACAGUGAGGGGGAGCCUGAUUCCUCCCCCAUCCUUCUUGAUAGUCCAGAGAAAGAAGGGGCCCCUCCUGCUCUCCCUCCAUCCUUACUGGGUCACAGACAGCAGAGAGAGGCACCGGCAGAGGUCUGGAAAGUGAAGCAAGUAGAGGAGAAGAAAGCUGGAGGGAGAGAGCAGGGAGGAGCCAGAGAAGACUGUGUUCAGGAGAAGCUGCACUCCUCUGACAGGGACAGAGGGGACCAGCUGCAGCAUCCUCAGCACGCUGCUGAGCCUUCUUUGUGGCGGGGAGAGCAGGAGCCUCUGAACACCAGGAGAGCUGCAGAUUCCCAGGAGGGUGGGGAGAGAAUAAGAGGAAAAGGAGGACAACUGAUAGAGGCUGCAGCAGCUUACAGCUCCUCCACACAGGAGCUGAAGGGAACCCAGGGAGGCAUCUCAGAUUUGCCAGAUCAUCCAGGUCCGUUGAAGCCGCUUAUAGCUAAGGUAUCAUCCCGGACCGUGUCUUACGUUUCAAGUGGUCAUCAGCAGCAGAACGUCCUCCAGCCCCCCCAGACCCUUCCCAAGCCACCUUUAUACAUUCAGCCACAGUCCUACUCCCAGCCCCCACAGACGUAUCCCAAACCGUUCGCCCAUUCCCUGCAAACCCAACCCAAACCUCAAGGACAGAUCCAGUCUCUCCCUAAGCCUCACGCUCAGGCGGGCCCCCAGCCCCAUCAGACCAGACCCCAGGGGCCUCCUCAGACGCCCCCUAAACCUCAAUCCUUCCCCCAGGCUCUCAAAUCUCAGUCCACACCCCCAGACCACCCUGAGGACUUCAGCAGGAACAGCAUCCAAUCUGGAGACCUCCUGUCCCCCACGGAGUCUGGAGAUCAACUGUCUGACGGCAUGUCCUCCAAACAGAUGUCCAUCAAGGAGAGAGUGGCACUGCUGAAGAAGAGUGGAGAGGAAGACUGGAAGAACCGCAUCAACAAGAAGCAAGAAGUGGUAAAAGUAGCAUCAGCCGACGAGCAGCCUGAGCAAUGGGAGAUGGAGCAGACCAGCCAGAUGAAGGAGGAAGGGGUGGUUGCCCAGGACCAGUCUGCUGUCUCUGGGUCUGAACAGCUAUGGGAGCCUGUUUUCUCUUCCACCUUUUCUCCUUCCAUUUCCCUUGGCCAAAAGUGCCAGUAUAUUGAUGAUCAUAGACAGAAGGCUGGAGAAGAAACUGAGGCCCAGAUGACAAUCGAGGAGAGGAAACAGAUGAUUUCAACACGUGAGGAUGCCUGGAAGACAAAAGGCAAAGGAGCAGCCAAUGACUCCACCCAGUACACAGUUGCUGCACGAAUGGUCAAGAAAGGCCUGGCAGCCUCGUCCUCAGUUAUCAGUCCCAUUCUGUCACCAGUUUCCACCAAACUCAAGAGCAGCAUGGCGGCUGUCAACAAACCACAAGAGGAAAUUGAAGCAAGGCCAGAAAUGGAGUCUGAUAAGAAGCUGGACAAGCUGGAGAACUUUUUGGGACGAAUUAAUAGCAAAGUGGCAGGUUUGCAGGAAACCACCAUAACAGUGACGGAGAAGGCGGUGAAGGAGGUGAUGAAGCUGGACGACGAGAUUUUCUCCAAGUUCUACAAACGUGUGGCUGAAUUCCCACGCAUGCCCACCAGGAUCGAGAUCAGCGAAGACUUUGACAGCAUCUUCGGUUCUCACGGUCCAACACUGGCCUCAGCCAUGGUGCAGCAUAAGCGAUCUGUUCGACCAUCCAGGAAUGUUCAGGCAUCCAAAAACCCUUUGAAAAUGCUGGCAGCUAGAGAGGACAUUCGACACGAAUACACAGAGGAGAGGCUGAAUGUGGCCCAUUUGGAGAGCAAGAGGAUGAAGGCUGAGAAGACAAAUAAAAGCUCAGAGUACUCUGAGGCGGCUCUGGCAGGUCUUGCCAGUAAAGAAAACUUCAGCAGUGUGAGUCUACGCAAUGUCAACAUCUCGGAGCAGACGUCUAACAACAGUGCGGUGCCAUACAAGAACCUCAUGCUCAUCCAGGUUAAAGGUCGUCGUCACGUCCAGACCAGAUUAGUGGAGCCCAGAGGCUCUUCAUUGAACAGUGGAGACAGCUUUGUGUUGGUCACACCAGAGCACUGCUUUGUCUGGAUAGGAGAGUUCUCCAAUGUCAUAGAGAAAGCUAAAGCGAUGGACUUAGCCACUUUCAUCCAGACGCAGAAAGACAUGGGCUGCAGGGCGAGUCAGGUGCAAACUAUCAAUGAAGGUGCUAACUCACAGGAUUCUGAUGCCCAGCAGUUCUGGACAAUCCUGGGUGGUCAGAUGCCUUAUAAAUCGGCUGGUUCACCUGAGGAGGAUGAGCGUUUUGAGAGUGGCAUUGUGGAAACCAACUGUAUCUUCAGACUGGUUGACGACAAACUGGUUCCUGAUGAUGAGGAGUGGGGGAAGAUUCCUCACACCUCCCUACUUGCAUCCAAGGAAGUGUUGGUGUUUGACUUUGGCAGCGAGGUGUAUGUGUGGCACGGUAAAGAAGUGACUCUAGCACAAAGGAAAGUGGCCUUUCAGCUCGCUAAGCACCUGUGGAACGGGACGUUUGACUACACCUGCUGUGACAUCAACCCUCUAGACCCUGGAGGCUGCAACACGCUCAUCCCCAGAAAAGGCCAUGGCCGUCCUGACUGGGCCAUAUUCGGCAGACUCACUGAGCACAAUGAGACCAUCUUGUUCAAAGAAAAGUUCCUAGAUUGGACGGAACUGAAGUCGCCAACACCAAAAGAAGGGAAUGAGACUGUAGCUGAGCAGAAGGAGACUCCAGGACGCAGGUGUCGACCCUAUGACACAUCCCUGAUGCUGCCCAUCCUCCAGUCGCCCGUUUGCACCAUUCUGGACGGGGUGAAUGUGGGCCGCGGCUACGGUCCCGUGGAGACGGAGGACCCCAUGAGGCUACAGGAGAUCAGCACUGCAUCUGUGGACGUGUGGCACAUCCUGGAGUUCGACUACAGCCGUUUGCCUCGACAGAGUAUCGGACAGUUCCACGAGGGAGACGCUUAUGUUGUCAAGUGGAAGUUUAUGGUUACCACCUCAGUUGGUCGAAGGCAGAAUCCUGAAGCGAGGAGUAGUGGGCCUGGGAAGGAAAAAUGCUGCUAUUUCUUUUGGCAAGGCAGGAACUCUACUGUCAGCGAAAAGGGGACCUCAGCGCUGAUGACGGUGGAGUUGGAUGAGGAGAGAGGUUCUCAGGUCCAGGUGCAGCAGGGAAAGGAGCCGCCAUGUUUCCUGCAGUGCUUUAAUGGAGGGAUGAUCAUCCAUGCUGGCAAGAGGGAAGAGGAGGAGGAGAACACUCAGAGUGAGUGGCGUCUGUACUGUGUGCGGGGUGAGGUACCGGUGGAGGGUCACCUGUUGGAGGUAGCAUGCCACUGCAGCAGUCUGCGCUCCAGAGCCUCCAUGAUCCUGCUCAACAUCAAUAAAGCCCUCAUCUACCUGUGGCACGGCUGCAAGUCUCAGCUGCACACCCGCAGCGUUGGGAACACAGCUGCGCUUAAAAUCAAGGAACAGUGUCCUCUAGAAGCAGGCCUUCACAGCAGCAGGAAAGUGACCAUCCAUGAGUGCGAUGAGGGAGUCGAACCUCCAGGCUUCUGGGAGGCUCUGGGGAGGAAAGACAGGAAAGCUUAUGACUGCAUGCUCCAAGAUCCAGGUAAAUUCAACUUCACUCCACGGCUCUUCCAGCUGAGCAGCACAUCUGGAGAUUUCGUAGCAUCCGAGUUCUACCACCCAUCCAGAGCUCCCAACCUGGUCAGCUCGCUGCCUUUCCUGCAGGAAGACCUGUACAACGUUCCACAACCGGCCUUGUUUCUGGUGGAUAACUUCCAUGAGGUGUACCUGUGGCAGGGCUGGUGGCCUCAGGACAGCGAGAGCACCGGCUCGGCCCGCAUCCGCUGGGAUGCUGACCGGAAGUGUGCAAUGGAGACCGUGCUGCAGUACUGCAAAGAGAAAAACGAGAAAAAGCCUCAGAAGUCGUAUUUGAUUCACGCAGGUCUGGAGCCACUCACCUUCACUAACAUGUUCCCCAGCUGGGAGCACAGAGAGGAUGUGGCUGAAAUCACAGAAAGAGAGGCGGAGGUGUGUAACCAGAUCAUCCUGGUGGAGGAUGUUUUGGCCCGACUCUGCCAGAACACCUACCCUCUGGCUCAGCUGCAGGCCCGGCCGCUGCCAGAGGGAGUCGACCCGCUCCGCCUGGAGAUCUACCUUUCUGACACAGACUUUGAGAAAGCUUUGGAAAUGAAGAGAGAGGACUACGAAUGUCUACCUGGGUGGAAGCAAGUGAACUUAAAGAAGGCCAAAGGACUGUUUUAAGCACAUUAACUAAAGAUGGAAAAUGAAGAAGCAGAAGAGUGAAUGAGACAGGAAUACCAGAAGAAAUGGAAGAGAGCGGAAGAUUAGACCGAUGGCGUUUUACUCAACUGUGUCAGUAUGAAGCAGAAUUAAAUACAUAAUUGAACUUUAUUGAUCUCACAUUGGAGGAAUUUAUCUCUGCAUUUAUCCCAUCCCCUUGGGGAGCAGUGUGGGUUAAGGGUCUCGCUCAGAGAGCCAGAGUGGCAGGCUGUGGGGAUCGAACCAGGUGCUUGCAACCUUCUCAGAGCACUAGGCCAACACUCCCACCUACAUGCUGUUUGUCAGCAGGGAAAAUUGAUUCGCCGUGAUUCAAAUUUGGGCUUUAAACCUUCCUCUGAGAAGGAAGAAAAGAUGAUAAAAACAUCCUUAGCCGCUUGUUGUCAGAGUGCCAUGUCGUGGCUGUAUGCGUGCGAUUGUAUAUAAUGUUUGUGUGACUAAUGGUUCUUGCUGUAAAUGUGUCUGUAAGCGACUUUGUACCCUUGUAAAGAGGAACAUCAGGUGUUGCAGAGUAAAAAAAUGCUGCCAGGCCUCAUAGAUGACUCUUAAUCGACUUUGUUGCAGACUCUGGCUAACAUAAAGGACCCAGAGGUGAGUGGUAACAGAAAGAGAGGAAACACAGUGCCUUGCUUUUUGUGUACAGUUUAUUUACAGAAAUUUUAGUCUGCAUUUUUAAAGACUUUCUUUGUGAUAUAAGACAUAGUGGAUUAAAUAAAAAGAAAUGCCCUAAACUA